UACACAAUUGAGUUGGAAAUCUAUUUCCAAAAACUUUAGAGCCAAAAUCACCUUUUCACUGCCAAUUCCCCUUUCUGUAUAUCUCUUAGUACUCCCCCCAAGGCUCUUUGAUUCCUGGUAGAAGCUCUAGUUCAGUUUAGGAGAGCAGAAAGGGAGGGGAAAUCAUCUUCCCAAAUUAAAGAUGAAGACCUUCACUUCAAGUGAGUAAGGUGUAGCUCAACCUUCUGAUCUCUAGAGGGCAGUGUGGAUACGUUUGCCCCAGGUUCACAGGCAGCCAACGACAAAGUAAGUUUUCAGUCCCGCACCAAAUGAUAAAAGGGUAAUAGCAAACCAUUUUUGUUGUGUCCUUUACUCUGAGAUUAUGAGCGAUUACAAUCUUCCUACUUUGGGGUGUUAAAUAUCAUUGCUCUUGUUAAAUGACUUUUUUUAAAAACUGAAUUUAACUGAGCAAAAUAAAAAAUGGCUAUUCAGUGUUGUUGUUUCCAUAAUUUGGGGAGAAAUUCGACUAGUCCAAGGAAUCUCAAAGUCUGAAACCACUAAGCUUCAUUUCUGCUCUCAUUCCUGAAUAUAAGAGAAGUGAGCGCUUGACCUUGCUUUUUCUAAAAGACAAACAGGGCUGUUGUAGUUGCAACACAGAUGUUUGUCAAAAAUGGUAGAGGCGGAGCUCACCGCCCGGAGAGCCAGCUGAAUCCCGAGGCCGCCUCCAGUGAACGCACCUUGUGUCGCAGUUGUAGGCGCGGAGCAGGGGCAUCUCCAGGUCUCCCAGUUCUCACCCCAACCUUUGGAGUUCUCGUUACUUUUCACCUCCCGGUUCCGGACAUCCUAGUCCUUGUACAGCGGGAGUGAGAACAAAAACAGCCUGUCCUUGCUCCGAGCCUUUGUGGCGCCCCGCCUGCCUCGGCCUCUAAGAGGCGGGGACAGCAGCUUGGAGGCGGCCCGCGGCCCUCCAAUGGCUGGGGGAUCAAACGAGGGGCGAGAGUGGUCCUUUACUCCGGCCCAACGUCACGGCGCGGGCCCCGCCCUUUCGCCAGCCGUCGCCGAGCGCCGGGCCGGUAAAGCAGCCACUGUGCAGACGCCGAACCAGAUUGGCCCUGGGCUAACAUCCGUGCUCAUCUUCCUCUACUUUAUAUGUGGGACGCCUGCCACACCAUGGCUUGACAAGCGGUGCCUACAUCGGCGCCUGGGAUCCGGGCGGCGAACCCCCGGCCGCCUAAGCGGAGCGCGCGAACCUAACCAUUACACCACCCGGCCCGCCUCUACGGCCCGCCCGGCUUUGGUCCAACCGGUGCUCCGAAUCCCAAGGUCUGACACAAUGCUGCUGCUGCAAAGAGCUGUAGUCUCAGAGUUCCGACAGGCCUGCAGACUCAAGUCAACUCCCUCAAAGCUCUGCAUUCGGGCCUGCUCUACAAAUGAUUCAUUUCAGCCUCAGUGCCCCAGCCUCACCUUUUCUGGUAAUAACUCCAGCACCAGAGGGUGGAGAGUCACGGGGACCCUGCUAGGCCUCGGUGCAGUAUUGGCCUAUUAUGACCACCGGUGCAAGGCUGCUCAGGAGUCACCACGCAUAUACACGAGGGAGGAAGUAAGAUCCCACAGCAGCCCUGAGACUAGGAUCUGGGUGACUCUGGGUUCUGAGGUCUUUGAUGUCACAGAAUUUGUGGACCUACACCCAGGGGGGCCAUCAAAGCUGAUGCUAGCAGCUGGGGGGCCCCUAGAGCCUUUCUGGGCCCUCUAUGCUGUUCACAACCAGUCCCAUGUGCGUGAGAUACUGGCUCAGUACAAGAUCGGGGAUCUGAGCCCCGAAGACAAGGUGCCCUCCACCUUGAAGACCUCUGACCCUUACGCUGAUGAUCCUAUACGUCACCCAGCCCUGAAGGUCAAUAGCCAGCGCCCCUUUAAUGCAGAGCCCCCCUCUGAGCUGCUGACGGAAAACUAUAUCACACCCAACCCUAUCUUCUUUACCCGGAACCAUCUGCCUGUACCUAACCUGGACCCAGAGACAUAUCGCCUGCAUGUAGUAGGGCCACCUGGGGGUCAGUCACUGUCCCUAUCCCUGGAUGACUUGUACCAGUUCCCCAAGCACGAGAUCACAGUCACUCUGCAGUGUGCUGGCAACCGGCGCUCUGAGAUGACUCAGUUCAAAGAAGUAAGAGGUCUGGAGUGGAGUACUGGGGCCAUUAGCACCGCACACUGGGCUGGGGCACGGCUCUGUGAUGUGUUAGCCCAGGCUGGUCACCAACUCUGUGAAACUGAGGCCCACGUCUGCUUUGAGGGACUGGACUCAGAUCCCACAGGGACUGCCUACGGAGCAUCCAUCCCUCUGGCUCGGGCCAUGGACCCUGAAGCUGAAGUCUUGCUGGCAUAUGAGAUGAAUGGGCAGCCUCUGCCUCGUGACCAUGGCUUCCCUGUGCGGGUGGUGGUUCCUGGUGUGGUGGGUGCCCGCCAUGUCAAAUGGCUGGGCAAAGUGAGUGUGGAACCAGAGGAAAGUUACAGCCACUGGCAGCGGCGCGAUUACAAAGGCUUCUCUCCAUCUAUGGACUGGGACACUGUAGAUUUUGACUCAGCUCCAUCUAUUCAGGAACUUCCUGUCCAGUCGGCCAUCACAGAGCCCAAGGAUGGGGAGACGGUAGAGUCAGGGGAGGUGACUGUCAAGGGCUAUGCAUGGAGUGGUGGUGGAAGGGCUGUGAUCAGGGUGGAUGUGUCUCUGGAUGGGGGCCUGACCUGGCAGGUGGCUGAGCUGGAUGAAGAGGAACAGCGCCCCCGAAAGGCCUGGGCCUGGCGGCUAUGGCAGCUGCAAGCCCCUGUGCCAGCUGGGAAAAAGGAAUUGAACAUUGUUUGUAAGGCUGUAGAUGACAGCUACAAUGUGCAGCCAGACACCGUGGCUCCAAUAUGGAACCUGCGAGGUGUGCUCAGCAAUGCCUGGCACCGUGUCCAUGUCCAUGUCCGUGCUGCCCCCUGAGAGGGUGAGAUGGAACCAUCUACUCCCCAGAAUCAUCUUCUCAACCCCUUUCCACACCUAUCCUUUGGCCUCAUUACCACAGAAAAACCUUUCCCUCCAUCUCUCCACUUCCUGGAUCACAACCCUGUAUUAUGCCUUCCUAAGCCCCACACAGGUACACACAUUGCACAUUUCCACCCAGGCACACACCCUCCUUUGACACUAUGUUACAUACCCCUCCAGGCCACUUACCCUGUGCCAAAAGGUCAGAGCUGUUGGAGCAAGGGGCUACAAGUGGGAAAAAUAAUUCCAGAGACAGCACUGUUUUCUAUUCCGGACCCACUCUACUCUAAUGCCUGUCACCACUGAGCCUUAUUUGCUUUUCUUCUUGGAUUCUUCAGUGAAUGUGUGUAGAUAUGUGUAAGAGAAGUGUAUGCAACUUUCUACUGCCUCUCUGGGUUGCCAGGGGUUGUGAAGGGCACAGCCCUCUCCCUUUACAGUUCUACUUUUCUAAAUACACCAAUAAAGUAUCUGUUUAAGUCUACAAUUCUGAAAAAAGAUUAUGAUUUGGG